AUGCCUUCGCUCGUUGAUCCCGGCACUGUCGUCAUCAACGGCCGUGCUGUCGUCAUCCUUCGCUUUACUGAAGAAGUGGAUAUUGGAUCCAUGAACCUUGAGUCCCACCUGAUGGGCACGCGAAUCCUCCUAGCCGCUCAAGAGAACGCCGCCGAUUUCAGCAGCCUACGCCUCUCUGCCUUCUGGCUUGCGCUAAGACAGGAGAUAUACAUGGCUUUCGUGCACAGUCGACAGGUUCAUCCCAACUUUUUCCCUAGUAUCAGAAAGAUCUUAGACCUCGGCGACAAUGACGAGAACGGGGUGGACUGUUCCUACGCGAAUCGCGUCAUCGCGAUUUGCGCGAUGUGCCUCAGUUACUGCUACGGCCAGGAGAAUCAUCACGAAAGAAGCUAUGCACAGCUCAAGGAGGACCUAGAUGUUUGGUGGAAAGAGAAACCAUGGUAUUUUGAGGCGAUGUGGACGAAUCCGAAGCCUGGUUUUCUGCCAGAGGAACACUACAUCACCGACGCUGCCGUGACUGGCUUGCAGAAUUAUCACCUUUCUCGGAUGCUGUUAAUCGCACAUAAUCCGAAGAUCCCGAGACUAGGAUCCGCGUUCAGAGCAAUCGAGGACGAGCUGAAACAGACUGUGCGAAUCAUUGUCGGUCUUGCAGAGGUAAACCAUUGUUAUUGA